ACUUCACUUUGCUUUGCAGCCAAAGUUUAAAAAAACGAAGAAAGAUGAAAUUAAAGUCCAGGCAUUCGGGGUCACAUCACAGGAACGGAAAAAGCGAGGACGACAAAACGGAAGACAGCGAGGAUGAAGGCAAGCCAGAAGACAAAAAGCCUGCCAAACUCUUGGCUCCGGGCUCCCUGAUGACCCAGAUCUCCUCCACAGACAACACUCCUCCAGAGACAAAGGAAAGCUGUCCAGUAACAAUGGAAACCAUCCAAAUAGACGACGACCAAACGGAUGACAGUGAAGAUGAAAGGCUCCGAGAUAAUCCAACGCUCUCCAGGCUGUCAUUUAUGAACACGCAGAUUUCUGCUUACGCUUCAAAGGAAACUACUACUAAGGUGCAGAAGACACUUCCAGAUGCAAAGGCGAGCACCCAGGUGGAUGAUGACGAAACGGAGGACAGCGAGGAUUACAAUGACCAUGAGAGCGUAGAUUCUUCUCAGCUGAACUCUACCAUGUGGGAUAACGAGGCGAGGAAAAACAUAGUCAAAGAAAAGCCACGCGUGUCAGGUAAGGAGGAAGUCAAACCUCCAGAAGCAAAGAGAAAGCCAAAUAUCGAAGAGGUAGAGAUUUUGGACAGUGAGGAAGGAGGUGAUGAUAGUGAAGCAGAGUCCAGCAGACGCUCGUCGCUGCAGUCUCAAAUACCAGAUCAGGAUGUAAAGCAGAACUCCACCACAGAAAACAUGAACGUGAAGCAAAAUAAGAUAAAUCCGGAAGCCGUGAAGACAAACGCCCCGAUAGAGCAGGUGGAAAUCGGCGACGCUGACGGUGAUAAUGAAGACUCGUCAAAGUCGGAUACGGUGAAAGAGAAGAAGGAGCAAACCUGCAGAGUGUGCAGCUUGAUCCUCCUGUCCAAGCGCCUUCUGAUUAGACACGCGUGGAAGCAUUUGAACCACAAGGACCAGCUCUGUGGAGUGUGUGGAAUGCAGCUGGACUCUGCAGUAGAGCUACAGAUGCACCUCCAGAAAUACCAGAAAACUCACAACUGCAAGAUCUGCUGCAAGCGUUUCAUCUCCAAAGACGGCUACAGGAAACACAUGAGACGGCACACAGUAAACGACUGCCAGAGUGAACGGCCGGAGCCCACGCAGAAGUAACCACAACCCGAAGACCCGGAGUCCAUCCUGGGGUCCAUCUUGGAGUCCAUCCUGGGGUCCAUCUUGGAGUCCAUCCUGGGGUCCAUCUUGGAGUCCGUCCUGGGGU